UUAAGAACGCUGUGCAUUAAUUACUGGCUAUAGAAAAUGUUUUGGUCUAUUUUGUUUAAUUUUGAAACAUUUCGUCUACAUUUACUCUACAAAAUGUGUGCUGUAAUCAAAUCAUUAUAGGACGGUGUAAACAGUCAAUUUUCAGAUAUUGCCCAAUUUCUUGUAAUUUAAACAGUUUUUCAGUGGAUUUCCGCUUUUGUUUUCGAUACGUCUCGUUAGAGCUAUCCAACAAUGUUGUGCGAAUUAUGAGCUAAAUUUCCUUCCAUACGAAAUGAAGCGCGAUUUUCGACAAAAACAAAACGGCUUACAGUGCUUGCCGCAUAAUAUUAACAUGCAAACUUUUGAGCCGAUUUUCUCACCAAUUUCAACAGCAACCUGGGAAAAUACUCUAUUUCCGAAUUAGAGAUAAUAAUUCAAGUUAAAAUUAAAAUGAGUUUUAAAAAAAUUCUUUUCUUUUCAAUUUUAAAUAUCGAAGAGUUAAAGUCGUAUCGAUAAGUACCACUUCGGGCAACGGGCUGCCGCUGCAGCUGGACUGGCUGCUGCCGCUGCUGGUUGGAGACGGAGGGCGUGGCAGCAGGAAGGAUGUUCAGGUACACGCACGCCCUGGUGUGCAGGGUGCCGGUCGCGUUCAGGACGCGCGCAGAGAUCGACCUGGAGGAGGCGCGCAGACAGCAUGAGGCGCUGUGCCGGCUGCUGCGCGAACUCGGCGUCGACGUGGUCGAACUGCCGCCCGACGAACUGCACCCUGAGUGCGUCUUCGUGGAGGACACAGCGGUCAUCUGCAACGGCGUCGCCCUGAUCACCCGCCCUGGUGCGCCCCAUCGACAGGGAGAGGUGGACACCGUCCGUGCCGUUUUGAAAAAGGAACUCGGGCUGCCGAUCGUGGAGAUUUCAGACGAGGCUGCCAAACUGGAUGGUGGAGACGUCCUUUUCACAGGUCGAGAGUUUUUUGUGGGCCUUAGCGAGUGGACAAACGAAGCGGGAGCACGCGCCCUGGCUGCAUCCUUCCCAGAGUUUUCGGUGACGCCCAUCAAGGUGAGCCCUGGCGUUCGACUAGAAGGCGGCCAGCAGGGUCACGCCCUGCAGGUUUCCGAGCCGCGCCACCUUAAGGCCUUGGUGUCCAUGGCAGCGCCGGACGUGCUGUGCGUCAGCAAGGGCGCCGCCUCGCAGGAGGUCUUGCGCCGCAUCGAACGAGAGGCCUCCUUCAGCUACCAAACGCUCACCGUACCUGAGGACAGCGCGGCAAACGUGCUCUCCGUCAAUGGCACCCUCAUCCACCGCUCCGCCGCGGAAGCACCAGAAACCUGCAAGCAUCUUGAAGGAAAACCAGAGCUGCAGCGGCGCCAACUUUCCGUCUCGGAGCUCGCAAAAGUCGGCGCAGGACUCUCGUCGUGCUGCUUACUUGUGCGGCGCACUCGCGCAGCACGCACGUUUUGAAGGGUCCAGUAGAACCCUUUGUGCCAAUUUCCUGUGAUUUUUUUCGCCUCCUACGCACCCCACCCUCUGUGUCCUGACCUGCGAAACGCUUGUGCAGCUCAAGCAAUUUUAUUGCUCUCUUUGACCAUUCCGCGCGACGCUCUGUCAUCUCAUGACAAUUACAAAUGUUUAAUUUUCUUAGCGACAAAGACAUUUUUUUAGAUUUUUCACCAGAUUAUAUUUAUAUUGUACAUUCUGCCAUUGCUGCAUUGUAUUUACAUGUAAAAAGCAUACAUGAAUUAAUCGAAAACGUGAUCUGAAAUGAUGAUAUUAUAUUGUGAGAUAUUAAAAACUGAUAAACUGCA